AAAAAUGGCUUCUUGGCCAGAGAACGAGAGAACGAGAGAACCAAAGAGACAAGGGGGGAGGACCCCUUGCUGUUGUUCGUUUGCAUGCAGGGAUCGGCACGAGGGUGCUCGCCCACUCUCGCGUCGAUCCGGCAAUUUCCAUGGGGCUGCUGAGCUCCGCCAACAGAUGCGGCUGCAAGAACAUCCUGAGCUGCAACCUACUAAGGUGCGCGUGCUGCUGCUCGUGGAUCCGCUCCGUCUGCGGCGGCAGGACGACGACGAGCAAUAAGGCGGCCGCGCAGCAGGAGGCGUCGGACGCGGAGAGGAAGGCGAAGAGGAAGUUGGCCCGUGGCUUGUGCGGCGGAGCGGUGCGAGAGGCGGAGGAGCCCCUGACGUCGGAGGCGAAGAAGAAGAGGACGAACACGGCGGCGACGAUCCCCGAGCCGCAGAAGUGCAAGUGGACGAAGAAGGCGCGGAAGAAAAAGAAGACGAAGAAUGAGCAGAACGGGCUGGCAGCCCUAGUGGAGGAGAUCUCGCUCUCGACAGACAGUCCCAAGCACAGGGCAGCAGCAGGGGAGAUACUGCGGAUCGGCAACCACAACAUCCCCAGCAGGGUGUUUACGUUCCGUGAACUGGUGGACGCCACCAACUCUUUCUGCCCAGAAAACCUGCUGGGCGAGGGCGGCUUCGGGAGGGUGUACAAGGGAUGCAUUCCAGACACCAUGGAAGUCAUAGCGGUUAAGCAGCUCGACAAAGAUGGGCUGCAAGGUAACCGUGAGUUCCUCGUCGAGGUGCUGAUGCUUAGCCUGCUGCACCAUCCAAACCUAGUCACCUUGGUCGGGUACAGCACAGACUGUGACCAGAGGAUCCUAGUGUACGAGUACAUGUCACUCGGUUCACUGCAAGACCAUCUCCUCGAUCUCAGUCCGAAAUCCCAGCCACUUUCCUGGCACACACGGAUGAAGAUCGCAGUGGGUGCAGCUAGAGGCAUCGAGUACUUGCACGAGGUAGCCAACCCGCCAGUGAUCUACCGCGAUCUCAAGGCAUCCAACAUCCUCUUGGACGCAAGCUUCAACGCGAAGCUGUCGGACUUCGGUCUGGCCAAGCUUGGUCCGAGCGGCGACAACACCCAUGUCAGCACAAGGGUGAUGGGCACGUACGGCUACUGCGCUCCAGAGUACGCCAUGACUGGCAAGCUGACCAAGACAUCUGACAUCUAUAGCUUUGGCGUGGUUCUCUUGGAGCUCAUCACUGGGAGGCGAGCGAUCGACACCACGAAACCAACUCGGGAGCAGAUCCUUGUUCACUGGGCAGCACCAUUCUUCAGGGAUAAGAGGAAGUUUGUGAAGAUGGCCGACCCAUUGCUUGACAUGAAGUUUCCUCUGAAAGGUCUGUACCAAGCACUCGCGAUCUCAUCCAUGUGCUUGCAAGAAGAAGCAAGCAGUAGGCCGCUGAUCAGCGAUGUCGUGACCGCCCUUACAUUUCUUGCUGAUCCAAACUAUGACCCUCCGGAUGACAUCAAGGAUCCUCUGCCCAUAACAGUUCCAAACCUAGACAUGGAAACAACUGGCCAAAACGGAACAGAAGGAGGUAAAGAACAAUUGCAGCAAAACGAAGGAGAAAGCCGCCAUUCCACAAAAAACGAAGAAGAAGGUAGCUGAAAUGUGGCUUUCUCUGGAAUUACGAAAUGUUAAAUCAAGCCAGAGCUAGCUCCUUGAAUGAAACUAACAGGUGGACGUGGUUUGGUUAGGUGUAAUCAAUUUCUCAACAUUCUUGAAACCGGUGUAUGUCAUAUAGGCAAAGAUGUAAUAUCAGCUCAUUUUCUUGAAUGAAACUAGCGUGUGCAGUUUGGUUAGGCACAAUCAAUUUUUCAACAUAUCAUAAGAGAUACCUUAGGGCUCCACGAAAUAAAAUACUCAUGGCUCGCCCGAUUUGUGAUCGUUUGAAUUUUUUUAUGCUCACGAA